CAAAAGCCGAUUUAUGAAGUCGAGGUUAGUCGAUCUAUCUCCGCCAGCCCAGCUGUUGCCAUGACGACCGGUUCUGUGCGUGUCAGACGACGUAGCAAGCGUCGUCAGGACUGGUGUAAAUGGCCACUCUGUCAGCCCUUCCGAACCUCCGGCGUUUGUCCUUUCGGCGGUCCUCCGGCACACAAUCAUGCCUCGGCUAGCAGUCUAUCGCCAGUAAGUCAGUUGGCCUAUUCAGGGGCUGUUGGCUCCGAGGGUGCUAAUUACGAGACGAACAACGACGCCUUAAUUCCAAUUGCAGUCACCUUGCAAGAAGGAGAUGCACCCUCAGACUUGGCGUCUCGACGAGUACAGUUUGCUCAGACAACCUCUGAGAGGCUCCAGUUGCCCAGCCUUCGGCAAUUGCAGACAACACUAAAUCCAAUCUUUUUUGGAAGACAGGCCUGUUGGAAUGCUCAUAUAGAGCCGAAUAGAAAGGCUUAUCUCACUUCAGACGGUCAGGUCCGCGUAUGUUUCGACUCAAUGGGACUGCUUCAGCCUCGUUGUCGGCGUAAUGAAUGCGCUUUUUUUCAUCCGCCCAAGCACAUCCGAGACCUCAUCGUGGCCCGUCGGCACGCUCAGUAUCUGCGCGAAAAAUUGAGUCCCACGGCCGACUCAAACGAAGGCAGCAACAAACCGAUGGCGCCAAUCGCUGAUCUUGGUGCCCAUGUCUGCCAGCCGUCUCAUCCUCUCGCCCUGUCUCCUCCGCCCAUCUCCCCUCUUCAGACCACUUCUCUUCCUUUACCUCUGACUCUCCCUCUACCGUUUCCACUGCCAUUGCAACUGCCCUUGUCAUUGCCACUACCGAUGCCGAUGCCACUGCCGAUGCCUCUUUCUCUGACACUUCCCCGGCCCCUCACCACAAUCCCGCUACCGCCCAGUAUCUUGGCCUCCCUGUGCCAGGCCAACAUGGACACCAUAGCCUGGCAGCGUCAGCCUGACGACUCUGUCACCAUGGCAACAGCGACAAACACAGUCGGUCUGUCCCCCUGUCUGUUGUCCGCCCGAAUCAUGCCUGACGGGGAAGCCGCAUCGGCCAGACUGUCUUGUCUGCCGGUCAAUUCAGCUUCAGCUAAACCAGGACUCGAACGUCUCGGCCAUUCUUCUUGCUCACAGUUUACAAACGCCCAGUCAGUCCGUCAAGUUGGCUUGCACACAAGUGCUACUACUGCUGACGUAGGUGGCGAUACUACUCAUUUCUCUGCUAUGCUGCCAAUGACGCCGCAGGCGAGGUCGCAACCGGGUCUGGCUGAAUCCUCCUUUCUGGCCUCACUUCCACGUUUGCUUCUGCCCUCUGCGGAGGCGGUCACUUCGCCAGCGCAGUCGAGGCGGCUGGGGCUUUAUUCCGCCUAUCCUCACCCGCAACUGGCGGCCGAACCGACGGCCGACUUCGCGUCUGCCGUUGCCUCAAGCCUCACCGCCUCCAACUGCCUCUUCAGCCACGAAGGCAGUGGACUCAACGCCAAGACCUACAGCCAGCUGACGCGCAGGACUGUCGCCUCAGAGACGAGCGGUGGCGCCGGAGGAACUGGAAUUCCGAUGCACCAGGACCUCGGCUGCUCAGAACUGCCAGUUCCAAUGGCCAUAUUGGACCAGUUGUCUGCUUGUCUGGGACUCGUCAUAUCACCACCUCACGUGUUGCCGACCUCCGCGUUGGGACACCAGAUCGCAGGCCUCUUAACUACCAACCAGAGUCGACACUUGUACGGAGCAUCCACCAGCGAACAUCUUCAAACACAACCAGACAAAGCAGCAUCUGCCGAGAGGCAGGUCUGCUUAUUAACAGACAUGGGAAUUCAGGUAAAGGUUGACUGA